AUGGAUGAGCUUCCUAUAUCCCUAUCUACUCAUCAACGCCAACUUAUUGAGAGAUAUAAGGAAAUUAUGAAUCUUGUGAGUACAGAGGAGGCAUUUGAUGUUAUGGUUGCAUCUGAUUGGAAUCUUGAAAAUGCUGUGUCUAAAAACUUUGACUUUAUCGGCGGAGAUAGAAGAUUAACACGUGAUACAGGAGAAAGUUCUUUAUCUGCUUUAAUUUCUAAUGAUUCUUCAGUAAAUAAUGAAUCUCUUCCUAAAAAUCAUACUUCAUCAAAUAAUUUAAGAAGACAAAAUGAAGAUGAGGAGAUUAUUAUUGACGAUGAUGAAAUCGAUGAUGAUGAUUAUAUCUAUUCAUCAGAUGAUGAUUGUAUGAUUAUUGAUGAUGAUCGUGAUUUAGGAGCCAAUGGUGUUCCUUUAAUUCCUGAAGACUUUACCAGUGUGGAAGAAGCUCUUCAUAAUUUAAGUACUGUUUUUGAAGCUAGAUAUGGGAUUACACCACCAUUUACUCAAUGGAGUCUUUCAGAUGUUAUACAAGAAUCCCUUAAUGUACCGUAUCCAAAUAUUCAAGACAGAAAACCUGUUCUUAUUUAUAUUUUUCAUGACAAGUCUGUAUCAAAUAACAUUUUUCCAUUGAGAAUAUUUUUUAACGAAACUAUCAAGGAAAUUAUUACAAAUCGAUACGUAUCAUGGGCUUGGGAUGUUACAAGUACUGUAAAUAGAAAAGCUUUAAAUGAUAUGUUUAAAAAGCUUAAUAUUCAAAGUGACAAUUUAUUAAAACUUACUGAAGGUAAUUUACCAAAAGUAUUUUUACUCAUCAAAGAACGUGCAAUUCUUUCCGUUUAUGAUAGUUUUUCAAUUGAGGAUUCUGAUGAUAGCAUUAUUAAUAAGUUACUUUUGACAUGUGAAAAAUAUAAUACUAUUAAGGAUCGUGAUAUUAAAGAGCAUGUUGCAAGAAAAGAUCGUGAAAAUACAAUCAAUGAACAAAGUAAAGGUUAUGAAGAAAGUCUGGCGAGAGAUAGAGCUAGAAAAUUGGAGCAAGAAAGACUUGCUGAAUUACAAAGAUUGGAAGAAGAAAAUCGACGUUUAGAGGAAAUAAAAAAAAGUGAAAUGAUAGCAAGUUCUGCUUUAAAAGUUCCUGAUGAACCUGGAAGUGAUGAAAAAGAUACUGUAACAGUAAAAAUUCGUUUUCCAGAUAGUAAACAAAGUAUGCGUCGUUUUUAUAAGAAUAAUAAAAUUGGUGAUUUGGUAAAUUUCAUUGUGUCUCUUGGAUAUCCUACAGCAGAAUAUGCUAUAUAUAAAUUUGACAGGCCAAAACGUAAAGUUUCAGAUAAAGACUUAAACUUAACAUUUGAAGAUGCAUCUUGGCCAGUUAGAGAACAAGUAUUUGUAGAAGAAAUUUAA